CCGGCGGGGCAGCUUCCUACUGCGUCGGAAACGGGAAUCGCCAACUCCAAUGGCGGAGAAGAAGAGAAAAGCACCAGGCUGGCCGGGCGAGGCGGGCAGCGGGGCCGGGACUGGGCCGGGGAUCGGGGCCAAUGUCCAGGCUGCAGCACCCCUGGGCGGACCCCAAGCGGGCUUGCCGAAUCCCGGGGCGCAGCCUCGUCGUCCGGCGCCCGGCGUGCAUGCUGACGGCUAUUUCCGCCGGCUUUACUCGGCCGAGCCGGACUUCAAGCAGCUUGCAAAGCAAGACCCUCGCUUUGCUGCAGUCCUCCAAGACAACGGGCAACUAGACUUCAGUGAUCCUGCGGCUACAAUGCAGCUGACGAAGACACUGCUGCAGAUCGACUUCGGCUUGAAACUGGAGCUACCCCACGAUAGACUUUGCCCUCCGGUUCCAAACCGCCAUAACUACAUCCUCUGGUUAAAAGACCUCAUGGACACGACAUCAUACGAGCCACCCGGCCGGAAGUUAUGUGGGCUGGACGUCGGCACCGGUGCGAGCUGCAUCUACCCCCUCUUGGGGACCGUCCAGCGGCCCUGGUGUUUUCUCGCAACAGACAUCGACGCCCAGAAUCUGGACUAUGCAAAGAGGAACAUACAGCUGAACGGCCUAGAGGACCGUAUCCGGCUCCUGGAGCGGAAGCCAGAGGAUCCACUGGUGCCGCUCGACGAGUCGGGUGUACAAUCGAUUGACUUCGUCAUGAUGAACCCGCCGUUCUACACAUCGGAAGACGAGAUGCUGUCAUCAGCAAGGAAGAAGUCGCGGCCGCCCAUGUCGGCCUGUACGGGAGCCCCGGUCGAGAUGGUCUGCGAGGGCGGCGAGGUCGGCCAUGUUGGCCGGCUGCUGCGCGAGUCCCUGGUCCUGCGGGAUCGGAUCCAGUGGUACACGUCGAUGCUUGGGAAACUCACCAGCUUGGAGGUGCUCGUCGAGCAGCUGCGCGAGAACGGCAUCGACAACUAUGCCGUUACCGAGUUCGUCCAGGGGAAUAAGACGCGACGGUGGGCGCUCGGAUGGAGCUUCGGGCCCAUGCGGCCGGCCGAACGCGUGGCACGCGGCAUGAAGGCGAAUAUCUGGAAGAAGAUGCUGCCGAGAUCCGUCACGAUGGAACUGUUGGUAUCGCCGCCGGACAAGCCCGUCGGCCCGGUAGUCGCCCGGAUCAACGACGUCGUAGGGUCACUGGAGUUGCUGUCCUGGACUUGGGAGCCGGAAGCAGCGAGAGGCCUGGGAAGGACGAGAGAGAACGUUUGGAGCCGUUCUUGGAGGAGGAAAAAGCUGCGAGAGCAACUUGGAGAAAGGGAAACCGGUGAUCACACCGUCAUGGCCACGGAAUCGGAAUCGGAAGAAUGCCGUCUCGGAUUCGAGAUCGCAGUUGCGGUCAACCGGACGGAGACCAGGGUCAGCCUUCAGUGGCGUGAGGGUCACGACCCGCUCUUAUUUGAGAGCCUGGGCGGCUAUCUGAGAGGGAAGAUGAAAGAUAUUGGAAUAGACAAAUAAUUGAGGAAAUAAAUGGCUGACAGCCAUUGUUGCCUGGGCUGUGUAGCUGUUAUCGGUUUGGCG